AUGUCAUUCAGCGGCAAAAAGUUCAGGUCUAGAAGGCAGCAGCUUGCUUACGAUCUUUCGUUCGCUGGAAGAUAUCAAAAACGAAUGAACAAGAAUCCAUUUUUAUAUUUCGGUUUGCCCUUUUGUGGAUUAAUUACCCUUGCAUCUUUUUGGCUAUCAAGCUUCACUGCAGUGAAAUAUGAGCAGCAGGAUCGUAAAAUCCAGGAAAUGAACGAAGAAGAUCUUGUCAAAAUGAAAAACAACCAGCGUCAGUUUGAUAUGAAGGAAGAGUACUAUCGUUUACAAGGUCUGGCUGAUCAGGAUUGGGAACAAGUAAGAGUGCCUAGAAGAAAAGGUGAAUCGGAAAAUGUGUGGUGA